AUGGCGGCGGGCAGCAGCACCUCUUCCUCCCUGACGUCGACAACCAACACGCUCACCUUCGCGCCCGGUAUGGCCGCCCAGCUCCCCUCCGGCGGCGUCGCUGACGUGCGAGCCCUCUACGACAACUUGGGCGCCGAAACCCGUCACGCCUUUCUCCAACCGCCGUCCGCGAUCCCCUCCGCCUCGCUGCAGGUCGUCAAGGACACGCUGGAUGCCUUUGCCGGACAGAUCAGCGACGAGCAGCUGCGCCUGCUGAAGGAAGCGACAAGGAAGCGCAAGCGAGCCGAAGGCGGCGCAAAGGUCGACGUUCUCAAGAUCCGGAAGGUUCAUGUUGAUGGGUUUGAAACGGGCCAGGUCUGGCAGCAAGCCCGUCGCAUUAUCCAAAGCGCUUUGAACCACUCCAAGGAGACCCUGAAGGAGCUCGAGGAGCGAAACGAGGUUGCUAUAAACGGGGUCAACGGCGAGGAGACAUCUGUCGAUUCUGACGAGGACUCUGAGCUUGAGGAGGGCUCUAAUGACGAGGAGGUGUCGGAUUCCGACUUGGACGGUGUGGAGGAAGAAUUCGAAGAAGAGGAGGCCGAGGGUUCCGAUGUCGAGGGCCUUACUGGAGAUCUCGAAGACAUGGACGAAGACAAGGCUGGAGAAGAUGAGGAGGAGGACGAGGAGGAGGAGGAGGACGACGACGACGACGAUGAUGCAGAGGAGUUCGUCGAAGACCCUCACGGUCUCAACGACGGAUUCUUUUCCAUUGACGAAUUCAACAAGCAGACCCAGUGGUUCGAGGAGCAAGACGCCAGAGGAGACCCCAACACGGAUGCAAACAGCGACGACGAAGAUAUUGACUGGACCGCGGACCCGCUUGCGCCAUCAAGCAAGUCGGGUUCGUCAAAACGUAAGGGCGGCGACAUGGAGGAGGAUGCCGGCUCCGACGAGGAUGAGGACGAAGAGGACGGUCCGACGUUUGGUGACAUGGACCUCAACGCCCCUGAAGGUGCAAGUGAUGACGAGGACAUGGAUGACGCCAUGGGAGACGAUCAGGAGUUUAACGCAAAUGGUAUCUACUUCAAGGACUUCUUCGCGCCACCGGCAAGGAAAAAGGACGGCAAGUACAAGAAGAAGAGAUCUGUUCGCUUUGCGCCCAAGCCAGUCGCCGAGGAGGAUGUCGAGCGUGCCAUGGAGGACGUCAGAAGGGAUCUCUUCGAAGACGAGUCGGACCACGGAGACGACUCGGACGACGCUCUGUCAGACGCCUCCGCCGGCGACCCAAGGUCGCGUAGGUCCGCUCACGAGAGACGCCAAGCGAAACUCGCCGAGGAGAUCCGCAAACUCGAGGCCGAGUCCGUUGCCAAGCGCCAGUGGACAUUAACGGGCGAGGCUUCUGCCGUCGAGCGUCCCAUGAACUCUCUCCUGGAGGAGGAUCUGUCCUUUGAGCACCUGGGCAAGCCCGUGCCCGUCAUCACAGCCGAGGUCAGCGAGGGCAUCGAGGACCUGAUCAAGAGGAGGAUCCUCGCGCAGGAAUUUGACGAGGUCCUCCGCCGCCGGCCCGACGCCGACCUGCCCCAGAAUACGCGCCGCGGGCUCAUCGAGCUCGACGACAGCAAAUCGGGCAAGGGUCUCGCGGAGAUCUACGAGGAGGAGCACAUCAAGAACGCCGACCCGGACAACUACGUUAGCAAGUCGGACGAGAAGAUGAAGAAGGAGGAGCAGGAGGUCGAGAAGAUGUGGAAGGACCUCAGCGCCAAGCUCGACUCGCUCAGCAGCUGGCACUACAAGCCCAAGCCGGCGGCGCCGUCGCUCACGGUGGUGUCGGACGCCGCGACGAUCGCGAUGGAGGACGCGCAGCCGACGACGGCGCAGGGCGUCAGCGGCGGGCAGAGCAUGAUCGCGCCGCAGGAGGUGUACAAGGCCGGCAAGGAGACGGCGGAGAAGGGCGAGGUGGUGGCCAAGAGCGGGCUGCCGAUCGCCAAGCAGGAGAUGUCGCGCGAGGACAAGCUGCGGCGGCGCAGGCGCGAGAAGGAGCGCAUCCGCAAGGCGGGCGGCACAGACAAGAAGCCUCUCGGCAAGAAGGCGCAGAUGCAGAAGGACACGAUGGCGGACCUCAAGAAGGGCGGCGUCAAGGUCAUCAACCGCAAGGGUGAGGUUGUCGACGUUGACGGCAACAAGGCCAAGGCGGAGGUCAAGUCGACGAGUAGCACCUUCAAGCUAUAG